AUGCCACCGAUUCCAGGUGGUGCGCGAGAGCGCCGUCGCGUGAUCUGCUACCAUCAGACACUGAUCCCGGGUGAGGGGCCAUACGUGUCCAUGAUCCCUCUGAUAGAGCACAAUACUGGCAUCACGCACAUUAUCCUCGCGGCCAUUCAUCUCAACGAUGGCCCAGGAAAUAUCACACUCAACGACGACCCUCCGGAGAGCCCCAAAUUCGACCCGCUAUGGGCAGAAGUACCCCUCGUCAAAGAAGGCGGGGUGAAGGUGAUGGGAAUGCUGGGAGGUGCCGCACGGGGAUCUUUCGAACGUCUUGAUGGCAGCCAACAGCAAUUUGAGGCGUACUAUCUCCCUCUUUUGGCUAUUAUACGACGCUAUGAACUCGAUGGACUUGAUCUCGACGUGGAGGAGGAAAUGUCCCUUCAGGGUAUCAUUCGGCUGAUCGACCGGCUGAAGAGUGACAUGGGUGAUAGUUUUAUCAUCUCCCUAGCCCCUGUAGCAGCUGCUUUGCUCGGCAUUGGAAAUUUGUCCGGUUUCGAUUAUCGUGAGCUGGAACAGGCGCGUGCUUCAAAAAUUGACUGGUACAACGCCCAGUUCUACAAUGGCUGGGGCCCUGCAGAGGAUCCACGGAUGUAUGCCGCCAUCGUGGCUCAGGGCUGGUCCCCACGUCGUGUGGUCUAUGGUCUAUUGACGAACCCUGGGAAUGGAUCACAGGGCUAUGUGUCUCGGGAGAAGAUCAGUAUUGUUCUGGCCAUGUUGGUUGAUCAGUUCCCGAACUUUGGUGGGGUGAUGGGCUGGGAGUACUUCAAUGCUAUGCCCGGCGAGCGGGAGAAACCCUGGCAGUGGGCUGCGGAGAUGUCGCUCAGUAUGGGCAUGAAGGAUGUGGUUGUUGCAGCUCGUCAAGUGUUGACUGCAGGACCUAUGGCCAAUAGCUUGAACAAUCUGCUACAGGACAUGAUGAACCAGAGACGUGGACUAUAA